AUGGAGGCCAUCGCAGAGUGGUUUCGUGAAGCUUUCGUCUCUGGUGUUGAUUUUACCAUAGAAGGCAAUGGAGGGCCUGAUUGUGUUAAUUUAAUGAGUAUGCAACGUCGAAUUAUCGAGACGAUAGCUUUUGUUGUUGUUUGCUCGUGGCUAUGGCAGUAUGGAUAUCGACGUUUCGAUCUCUACCGUACACCACUACCUAAAUCUCGUUUUGGAACUUCCGAUCCAUUUGGCAAGAGGUUGCUAUUAGUUACUCUCUGUGUAGUCUUUGGCAUGGAAUUAGGCUUUAAAUUUGCUACUCGACAAGUUAUUUUCAUCGUGAAUCCAUGCCAUGUUUUUACGACUAUGCAGAUCAUUUUUAUGAUAGCCAAGCCAAGCCGAAGGGUUACAUUUUGGUUCAGGCUUCAUAUCCAUAUGCUUUAUGGAGCUUUUCUAGCGGUUGCUUUUCCAGUAGUAAACACUCGCUUUCUUCAUAUGGAAGUGAUAACGUAUUGGAUACAGCAUAUCUUAAUCUUAUUCAUUGUUCCGGCCUAUUUGAUUUCACUAGGAGGUGUAUAUAGCGUAGAGAAGUGGAAUGAUUGGAACUAUGUAGCAAUGGCCGCUGGUAUAUUCUUACCGUAUAAUAUGAUAUUUUUGCAAUUCUUGGGAGUGUACCUUGAAAUCAAUCUGUGUUCCAUGGUCUGUAAUGCUGUUUCCGAUCCUUUUGCUGGACCCAAUUAUAAAAUUUACGGCUUGCUUUACAUGCCUUUGCUAUCUAUGUUUUUCGGCAAGCUAAUGACUCUCUUAUACUCUGUCUUUGUACCAAUUGAGAGGGAAAAGAGCAAUUAAAAUAUAAGUAAGGUCACUGCAAUUGUCAGCUCAUUAGUUGUUCAAUAGCUUUGCAUCGAACAAAUUUAAUCCUAGCAAAAAAGAUAAUCUGAUGUCGUCGGCAACUAUUCCGUAACAUCAGUUUAAAUAAAGUGAGAAGAUAUUU